AUGAACAAGGACCAGAAUGCUAGCAAUAGCGAUAUUGAGCGUAUUCUAUCAAGCCAGGUUUGGAAAAGACGGUCUCUUACAAUGCGAACUACCGCCUCCGAAAUCCAUAGAAAGCUUAGAAUUGACUGUUCCAAAACAAGCAUAUGUAACAAUACUUUAUCAACACCGAGCCUGCCCCCUAUAAAAGAAAGCUUUCUAAAUAAGCUAAAAUCUGCCACAUUACCUCCUCUGUCUCCAUCAGAUUUGUCUUUUAGCCCUGAUCACAGCAAGCGACUAUUUCGAUUAGCAAUUCCUUAUAAAACGUUAGCAAGUUCUCUUAAAUCUCAAAUUAGAACGAUAAAAACGAAUACCGAGUCAAUAAGAGUCCCAGUUUUCCCAAAAGCACCGUUUGGAAGCCAUAAAAAUGAAGUCGUUCCAGAAUUCGAAGAACUGACUUUUGAUUAUACAAAUAUACACGAUAUUGAACUUAAAGCGAACCAAAUUAAAUGCCUUUCAGGAAGAAUGAAAUCUGAAGGCUUAUUCGCUAACCUGCUGGCAAAAUCAGCUGAUUUAAAAUAA